GCGCGUCGCUCGGUUGCGAGGGACGCACAUCGGCGGCUCGUCACAGAUCUCAGUCAAGGUUCCAUCCGUUUCGACUUGACCCAAUAACCUCGAUAAUUGAUACAUAACUUUUCUAAACUAUGACAGACCCCCACCGGACCAACAUGUUGGUAACGUCUUGCUUGAAAACGCCGGUCGACCCGCACAAGAAGACCCCGCUAGCGUUAUACGAGCGGCAGAGACUUCUGCCCCGCGCCGACGAGGAUAUGGACAAACGCGACUACGAGAAGGAGGAGUACGAGGAGGAGGAGGAGGAGGAGGAGGAGGAAGAGGAGGAGGAGGAGCGGGAAGGGGUCAGUUUCGGGCCAGACUACAGAGCCCCCGGUAAGGGAGAUCACCCCCACCUGCGGGAGAUCUUCUUCUCCAACCAGGAGUACUACGGCAAGCUGGAGGAGCUGAAGCGGGCCCACCUGCGCACCAUGGCAGAGCUUGAGAACAUGUACCGCAAGAAGCUGCAGCUCAGCGGCCUGGCCCCCGAGCCGGACCCCCAGGACCCCGGCACGCAUAGCAGGUUCCUCGGUGCCGAUCUAAAUUCAGGGAUGUCAUGUGGGCUAAGAAAAACUUGCUCGGCCUUGGAGCUCCGCAGGGUCUCUGGUCCCUCGUCUGACGAAGACGAGGGGGCUGGGAACGAAGAGGAGGAAGGCCUGUGCUCCUCAACCAAGGAGCAAAUCAAGAACAUGUGGCUAGACUUCAAGCUCCACCCCCAACAUCGCCAUCCCUCCACAUCCUCCCUUCACAGUCUGCCGGCUGGGGGAGGCCGGAAGGGGAAGAAGAACAGCAAGGGGCGGAGCCACCAGGAGGAGGAGGACAAAAGGGAAGCAUGGCGACACCGUGUGACGGUCCCGCAGCCGUUCGCGAUGACCAGGCGUGAGGUGGAGCGACGGCAGAGUGGCGUUAAGACCCGCUCUGAGGUGGAGCUGGAGAACCUGGAGAUGCGGCGUCAGCUGGAGGAGCUCAGUGAGUGCCAGAAGACGUUCCGCGCCAGCCCCGUGCCCGCGCACGUGCGCCUUGCCCUCUACGGGGAGCUGCAGGAGCAACCCAAGCGGAAGCGCACGGAGCAGGAGCGGGUCCAGAGCCUCCGCAUCGCCCCGAGGCCAUUCAGCUUCCUGGAACGGGAGCGGCGCCGCAAGGAGCAGCGGGAGCAGCAACAGCCCCAAACCUCCGCCCAGCAGGAUGUGAAGCCCUUCCGGGCCCAGCCGGUGCCCAGGGCGGUGUACGCGGCCGCGGCGGGGGAGCAAGCAAAGGAGGAGCAGCUGUACCGCUCCAUCAAGAUGCAGAUGAGGGCCAAGGAGAUGCUGCACAGCUCGGCCAUGCCGCCCAGCAUGCUGGCUCGCAGCCUCAGCCAAAGCAAGAAGGGCAAGGAGCCUGUUCCCGGCGAAGGGGACUUCUCACACAGGCCCAAGAUCAACGUGGACGUGCCCGACUUCGACGCCAAGCACCGCCUCUUCAGGAAGCACCUGGAAAGCCGCAAGGAGGUGCGGCCGGUCACCUCCUGCGAGCCCUUCACACUGAGGACUUCCCAGAUCGCCUCCAACCGCGACCGCGUCCUGGCCAGCAUGGAGAAGGAGCAGAGGAGUCCCAAGCCGACCCGCUGGCCCUACGUGUCGCCCCGGGCGCUCCACACGCCCACCUCCAGUCUCUGUUCCUCCCUUUCCGGGAGCCUGGAGCUCCUGCCAGCAAAGGUCACUGACGCCUCCAAGAAACGCCAGGAGGCUGUGAGAAAGGUUCUGGAGGAGAAGAGGAGGGCCGAGGAGGAGGAGGAGAACGGGCGGGAGAAGAGGAGGCGGAGGCAGCGGAAGCUGCAGAAGGUGAUCUUCAGGCGUGCCCAGGCCAACGACCCCCACUUGGCCCUCGCCGAGACCUGCCCGGCCAAACUUCGGGAGUUCAGGAAACAAGACCUCCAGCGCAAGAGGGAGUACCAGCAGGAGAUCAAGGAGAUCAAGGAGCGAGUGAAGGAGAGACCUCUGCUCCUGGAACAAGUGGCGCAGAGGAACGCCAAGACGGCAGUAGAGCGGCGUUACACGGAGGCUCUGCGUGGGUGUGGCCUGACGGACGACUUCCUGUCUAGGACAGGAAAUGGCACUCCCAAGUCCGUACACAAGACCUCUAGCGCCUCGAGAUCUAGCUGCAACUCCGACUCCCCUGUUGGCUGUCGGAAGAAGUCCCUUGAUGUCCACAGCCUGAGCUCAGACCUCGCUGGAGGAGAGACCAAACAUGGAGAGGAGGAGGAGGAAGAGGAGGAGGAGGAGGAGGAGGAGGAGGAGUGCAAGGGAGAGCGCUUGGUAAGAAGUCACGAGGAGGACAGUGUCCAGUCGGCGGAUGAAAGCUACCACUACUCUGACGACCAGGAGAACUUCUCAGACGGUCAGGAGACCUACUCGGACGAGAGUGAGCAGGAGGAGGGGCAGCAGGAGGAACAGGGUGACAAGACAAGCCUGCAUGUUGAAAACAGCAGCACAUUAAGCAAGGCAAGCGAUGAGAACUAGAACGGAUGGGUUUCAUUUGCAGUCAAGGAAAGUGAAACUAGCUAACAUCCUGAUCACACGGUAUAGGAAAAGACCAUAAAAGUAUUACUUAGUAGCGUUGAAAGGAAAACACAUUUAAUUGCAUACAACUAUGACAAGUAUACAUUUGUAUGACACCUUCCCUUCAAGGGUUAUUUGUGUUUUUGUCUCAGUUGUGGUUUAUCUUUUUCACUGUUCUGUGUUUAAUUAAUUGCAAGGAUGUAUGCUUAGCUUACAUUAUUUAUUUCCUAAAUUCCCAUGGAUUUGUAAUUAUCGAGCAAGAUCUAAAAUAUAAACUUUUCGCUUGUGGAACGGCUUAUCAUAUAACAUAUACGUUUGCGUUUGUAUUUGACUUAAGACAUU